ACAUGGCUCUGACCUCUGCCGGUGGGAUUUUAUCCCUGUUGAGCGAACCGCUCCCUGAAUUGCAAGUGUUUGCUCUCAAGAAGCUGUUGUCACCGUUUGGUGCUGCUCAUUCGCCCGGUGGCAAACCCGGAGAUAUCGCCGUCAUCGAUGUAUUUUGGGCCGAGAUCUCGGAUUACAUCCAAACCAUUGAAGAGUUGUCGGAAAAUGCGAGUUUCCCGGACCGCGAAUUGGCAUCCUUGGUGGCGUCCAAGGUCUAUUUUCACUUGGGCAGCUAUGAGGACUCCCUGUUGUUUGCCCUGGGGGCCGGACAAUACUUUGACGUGAAUGAGCGCAACGAAUACGUUGAAACCAUGAUUGCCAAGUGCGUGGAUAGCUACAUCUUGAAGCGGAAUUCUGACAAGCCCGAGGAUAUCGAUGGGCGUCAAAAGGCGGUGGUGGACAAGAUGUUCAAGCGCUGCUUUGAUGACCAUCAAUAUAAGCAAGCUUUGGGUAUCGCCGUGGAGACCAAAAGGAUGGACAUGUUCCGCGAUGCCAUCAUGCUGUCCCAAGAUAAGGAUGGCAUGCUCUCCUACGCCUACAGCGUGUCCAUGCAACUCAUCCAAAACCGUACUUACCGAGCUGAGCUCUUGCGCACCCUGGUGAAGCUUUAUCGUGAAUUGGAAAAGCCCGACUACGUUCAGAUGUGUCAGUGUCUCAUCUUUCUUUCGGACCCCAACUCCGUGGCGGAGGUGUUGGAAUCCCUCUCGCAGGGGUCUGCCGAUGAAGCCCUGAUGGCCUAUCAGAUCGCAUUUGACAUGUACGAAUCGGCCACACAACAAUUUUUGAACAACGUGGUCCAAGCCCUGAGAAAGACAGCGCCCAUUCCAGCUGCUAUUCACGGGGGCGUGUCCAAGGUGCCUCCGGUGAAGGACGAAUCAGAGGGCGAGAAAAUGGAAACCGAGGGCGCUGGUGAAACUUCACCCAAGGAAGAAGCCGCUGAAAUCAAGAAGGAGGACCUGUCCGAGUCGGAUCAACAACGGCAAGGCAAGUUGGAGAAGCUGUCGAUGAUUCUUUCUGGCGAAAAGACCAUCUACUUGCACCUGCAGUUCCUCAUGAGAAGCGACCACUCCGAUCAGCUCAUUUUGAAGCAAACCAAGGCCGCUGUCCGUGUGUCCAUCUGUCACACAGCUACCGUGAUUGCCAACGGGUUUAUGCACUCGGGCACCACUCAUGAUUCGUUUUUGCGAGAUAAUCUUGAGUGGUUGGGCAAUGCCACCAACUGGGCUAAGCUCUCGGCCACUGCCUCUUUGGGCGUGAUCCAUCGAGGGCAUGAGAAUGAAUCCCUGGCUUUGAUGCAGAGCUACCUCCCCAAGGACUCGGCCAAUAGCUCUGGUUACGCCGAAGGUGGCGGCCUCUAUGCCUUGGGCUUAAUCCAUGCCAAUCACGGAGGCGAAAUCACCGAGUACCUCCUCAAUCAGGUCAAGGAGGGCGGGAAUGAGCAGAUCAGACACGGAGGUUGCCUGGGCCUGGGUUUGGCCGCCAUGGGCACCCAUCGCUCUGACGUUUAUGAACAGCUGAAGUUCAACUUGUACCAGGACGAUGCCGUGACGGGUGAAGCGGCAGGAAUCGCCAUGGGUUUGGUGGAAUUGGGCUCCAAAUCGGCUCAAUCCAUUGAGGAUAUGGUGGCCUAUGCUCAAGAAACCCAACACGAGAAGAUCUUGCGUGGAUUGGCUGUGGGCAUUGCUUUGACCAUGUACGGCCGACUGGAGGAGGCGGAUCCUUUGAUCGCAUCUCUGAGUCAGGAUAAGGACGCCAUCUUACGGCGCUCUGGAAUGUACACCAUUGCCAUGGCCUAUUGUGGUACGGGCUCUAACAAGGCCAUCCGACAACUCCUUCACGUCGCUGUCUCAGAUGUCAAUGACGACGUCCGGCGCGCAGCCGUGAUGGGCUUGGGUUUCUUGUUGUUCAAGACCCCCGAGCAGUGUCCUGGGGUGGUGUCGCUCCUCUCGGAGUCGUACAAUCCACAUGUCCGUUAUGGAGCGGCCAUGGCUCUGGGGAUCGCCUGCGCCGGUACUGGCAGCAAGGAAGCAAUUGCCCUCAUCGAACCCAUGACAAAUGAUCCCGUCACGUAUGUCCGCCAAGGAGCAUUGGUGGCCUCCGCUCUGAUUCUCAUCCAGCACACGGAGGUCACUUGUCCCAAGGUCAAGGACUUCCGGACCCUCUACGCCAAGGUCAUCUCUGACAAGCACGAUGACGUGAUGGCUAAAUUUGGCGCCAUUCUGGCUCAAGGCAUUAUUGAUGCCGGUGGGCGCAACGUGACCGUGUCGCUUCAAUCCCGAACGGGUCACACCAACAUGAAGGCCGUGGUGGGGAUGUUGGUCUUCACCCAGUACUGGUACUGGUUUCCCCUGAGCCAUUUCUUAUCCUUGGCCUUUACGCCCAGUUGCUUGAUCGGCCUGAAUGAGAACCUAGAUAUGCCCGUUAUCUCGUUCAAAUCCAACGUUAAACCUUCUACCUACGGGUAUCCUGCACCUUUAGAGGAGAAGAAGAAGGAAGACAAAGAGAAGGUUGCCACCGCCAUUCUAUCCAUCACCGCCAAGCAGAAGAAGAAGGAAGCCGAAAAGAAGAAGGACAAAGAUCCUGGGACAGAGAAAAUGGAGGUAGAUGAAGAGAAGGAGAAAGCCAGCAAAGAUCAGGAGAAGAAAGAUGCGGCCGACAAGGAGAAGGACAAGAAAGAGGACGAGGCCAAGACCAAGAAGGAAGAGGCCACCUUCGACACGCUUGCCAAUCCGGCUCGUGUCAUGAAACCUCAAUUGAAGGUCAUUUCUAUGGAGGAUCCUAAAUACAAGCCUCUCAAGGAUAUCGUCAUUGGAGGGAUCGUGCUUCUCAAGAACAACUCGGGCGAACCAUGUGAAAUCGUCGAACCCGUGGCAGUGAAGAAAUUGGCUUCCGAUGAUGAAGAACCCGAGCCAGAACCGCCAGAGCCCUUUGAAUACACUGAAGAUUGAUCCUUGUCCAGACCAUAGCUCUGUUUGUAAUCGAAAUAAAACCCUCCUAGAGACCA